AUGUCCACGCCAGAGAAUGAUGGCACUCAGAGGAGUUUCCGGGCCACGACCAUUGCCAUGGCGGUUUUGGCGGUGGUUUUUACGCUAUUCAGGUUUUUAGCACGGUGGAAAAAAGGUCUGCGACCCGGCGUCGACGAUUAUGUGCUGGUGGUGGCCUUGGUAUGUCAUCCAUGGAUAUCGCCCACUACUAUAUCCUUGUCUGACAUUUGGAUGAAGUUGUUUAUGUUUGUGCUUACUGGGCUCAUGCUUGCAUUGAUUCACUAUGGGAUGGGAUUCCACUCCAGCGUCCUCCCGGUCGAGGACGUCAUGAUGGUUGGGAAGCUGCUUAUCGCCUUCGAAUGCAUCUAUGUCACAGCACUUGCGAUCACCAAGAUAUCCAUUUUGCUGAUGUACGCUCGCAUAUUUCCCACAAGAGGAUUUCGAAUUGCGUCUAUCAUACUGGGGGUAGUUUCAAUCUCUUGGGCCAUUGCCAUCAUCUUCGUCAGUGUCUUCCAAUGCACGCCAGUUAAGCGUGCAUGGGAUCCGACCACUCCAGGCACCUGCAUCAAUCUGAAAGCCUCCUUCAUCGGCAAUGCAGUACCAAACAUCGUGACCGAUAUUGCGAUCCUGUCGCUUCCUGUCCGUGCUGUAUGGGGCUUACACGCCAAUCUCGUCCACCGUCUCUCGGUCAUCGGAAUGUUCCUUCUGGGAAGCUUUGUCGUCUUCACGAGUAUAUAUCGUUUCAGCACUCUUUUCCAAUUCGAACCUCAAGAUGUCACUUGGACACUAGGUACCGCUUGCACCUGGUGUACGGUUGAAACAUCCUCUGGGAUCAUCUCCGCAUGCAUGCCAACUCUGCGACCCAUUUUCAAGAUCGUCUCAUCGAAAUUCGGAAGCAGCGCGGGAACCAUGCACACAGGAGCUGCAGGUUCGAAAUUGUCAGAGGGAUAUGGGAUGGGGAACUCUGCAUUGCGACCAGGAAACGAGAUCCUCUCCAGUACCAAGAUUCAACUCUCUGUUGCUACCAAGGACAAUGGGUCCGAUGAUCAGAUUCCGCUGAACUCGAUCCGAGUUGAUCGGCAUAUGACAUGGCAUGAAAGUAGCCAGGAUUCGUCUCGUCAUUGGUGA